AUGAACAAUAUUCACUUUGGAAAUGAGAGAGAGCAAAUUCUGAAGAAGAGGAAAUCAUGUGAUGAAGCCACUACCAACAUGAAAACUUCAAAGAGAAGAUUAUGCAACAACAAUAACAAUGAAGAAGUGAAAAACAACAAGGGAUCAGUGUCCACAACACUGAAGCUUUACGACGACCCAUGGAAGAUAAAGAAGACACUAACCGACAGCGAUCUAGGAAUCUUGAGCAGACUCUUGUUGGCUGCAGAUUUAGUGAAGAAACAAAUUUUGCCUAUGUUGGAUGUUGAUGAAGCUAGAGCUGCAGAAACCGAGGAAGGUUCCCCGGUUCAUGUUUUCGACAUGGAAACAAACACCAUGCAUGAACUCGUUCUAAAGCGAUGGUCUUCGUCCAAGAGUUAUGUUCUUAUUGGAAAGUGGAAUCAAGAUUUUGUGAGAAGAAGAGAGCUUAAGAAAGGAGAUGAAAUUGGAUUUCAAUGGGAUCCUUUUAACCGCACUUUCAAUUUCUGUGUUCUUAAAAGGGCUAUGCACAUGUUAUAA